GAGCACCCGGCUGUGAGCAGCGUCGGAUUUGAUGGUACUUUCCGCGGACUUACUUGGGUAUACUUGUAUCCGACACAGCCCAGAUUUGCUCAGCAGGAGAAUGGCCUGUGGUGGAAAUACAGUAAGGUGCUUGCAGCCAGACGCCAGUACCUAGUGUGA